UAAGUAAUGACUUAACGGUGGUAGACAAAUAAUUAUCGGUACGUAUACUGAAAUAAGGUGACUGGCAACAAUAUAAAACAUAAGAUACAUUGAUUGUUUUGGAUUUUGGGGUCACAUAUUUUUAUGGGUUAAAAAAGUAAAAUGCUUGUGAAUGACAGAAAUGACUUCAUCUUUAAACUCAACAGUAUGCAGGAUUUAGUAAUCAAAAUACCAAAAAUUGCAGGAUGGGUUCCCCUCCCCAUAGUCUCAAACAACCUCGUCCGCCCACUUUUAAAAAUCUUUUACACCCUGGUCACAUGCAUAGUUCAAAUGAUGGAGGUAGACGAUAAUAAGCACAAUCCAGAAUCCUACUUUAGCUUCCUUGUGCAGCAAGUAGAAAACCAAUCUGAUUUGUGCGAUGUGACAGUAAAAUUAGGAAUGUGGGAGAAGAAAUUUCACAGAUGUGUACUUGCUGCUAGUCCAUUUUUUGAAACAGUCACCAACGGAUAUUGCGCGGAAACACAGUCAGACAUUGCUGAGAUAAAGAUUGACACCACACCUGAGGUGCUUGAGAUGGCACUAAUGUUCCUGUACGGAAUUAUACCUACUUUUACCAUAAACAACGUAGGAGGUCUUCUAGAACUGGCAGAAUUUCUGUUGUUAAAGUGUCUUAAAUCCGUUUGCAUUAACUGGCUCAACUCUCUUGACUUUAAUAAAGUUAAUUGUAUGUACGUGAUACAAUUAUCUACUAAGUACAAUUUCGAAGUGACAACUUGUAUCGACUACAUCGAAAGCCACCUUCCUGAGACGUUUCAAAAUUCAGACGCAUGGAAUCUUUCUAAAGAAUCAGUCGAGUAUCUUUUUGGCAACAGGAAGUUUUCGUACGUUCAAAUGGAUGAUAAAUUAACGUUUUUGAUGAAAUGGGUCAAUAUGCACCCCAGUGAGUCGGUUGAAAAUGUAACAGCUCUGUUUAGGACGAUUGAUAUGCGAGGAGUAUCAUAUUCUGUCUGGGAAAAUACCACGCGUAUAUUUCCAUUCAAUGAAAUUAUAAAUUCAAACAAAAUAGUUCGCUUAGCAGACGCUGAAGUGAGCAGACAUAACAUAUUAAUAAUGAGUAGUGACAAAGGUAACUUUUGGUGUUUAGAUAUAGAAGAUGACCGAUGGUAUCAACUGAAUUCAAGUAUAUUCGAAAGUCAUCGCUACGACAAAGAUUAUCCUGAAAUUGCUGGACUAAGAAAUAAUCUACCUGAAAUAUAUUUCACAGAAAAUUUGGAUCUAGGAUACCCGUGUACGAAAGUGUCUACUGUAAAUUUGGAAACAGAUCAAACACAUACAUACACAUUUAACCUAAUAGAUGAAGACAUCCUAAAUGGAAAUAUUGUGGAGGAAGAGCUGACAAACCCCUGACAAAUUACUUCUGUCUUUUCUCAAGAUGUUAUUAAAGAUGCGCAGUUUGGACAUAUUCACGUCUUUCCGGUUCAAACUGAUUGUAAUUUUCCAACUUUGUUUUUGCCACCUCGCGGAUACCUUAAGUCUUGUUUUAAUUAAUUUCUCUUUAAUUCUAUGUUACAGCCCUGUCAUUUCUUGCCUCUACGGCUUAUUAGGGUAAAUGAUAGGACACAUUCACUUUAGCGGCCUUUAAACGCAUUUUGGAAUCCAUUACUAUCUAGCAGUAGGUGCAAGGAGCAUACUUUCGCAAACAUUACGACGCCCCUGAUAUAAAACUAUCUUGUCAUGACAAAUGUAACUCCUUAAGCAAGGAUCAGUGCUGAGGUAAAACUUUUCACUGACCAAUGACAAUACUUUUGCUUCAAAACUUGGUUUGAUCAUGCCUAAAAGUAGAAUUACUUUUAAUGUUCAUCAAUAUAUUGUAUUUGUUUGUUUUGGGUUUAACGCCAUUUUUCAACAGUAUUUCAGUCAUGUAACAGCGGGCAGUUAACCUAACCAAUGUUCCUGUAUUCUGUACCAGUACAAACCUGUUCUCCGCGAGUAACUGUCAACUUCCCCACAUGAAUAUAUUGUAAAGAUAUGAAUUAGACUAUCUGCAUGUAAAAUGUGAAAAGCUAGAGGUAUCUGUUAGUGUGUCUUUUUUAAAUUAAAACAGUUAUUAUACUGAGCUUAACUCAUAUAGGCCGACUUCUUCAGACGUUAUCAGACGUUAUCCGGCUUUCAAAGUAGAAAAAUUUAUACGCCGAUAAGCGAAACUUAUCUUUGUAAGUCGUGUUUAUAAUACUUGUUGUGUGAAGCCUCUAUGUCUAAAUUUUGGAAUUUUACACAGAACAAUUAUACUUUAAUAAAAUAAAAUUAUAUUUUUGUUAAAAGAAUUGUACAUAAAGCAAUACAAAACAGGUUUGCUUAUUAUUCUUUGCUACACAUGCUCACCUCAGUGUCAUCAUUAUGUGAAAAUAGAGAAUGAUUUAGGCAAUUUUAGCGAGUAAAUGGAAUUGACUUUAUUUAAAUGAACACGAAAACAAUAUUUAUGUUUCAAACUAAUAUGAUUUUUCCGAAAAUAACAAUUAUCCGCGCAAAAAAAUGCGAGUAGAAAAAUAUCACACAAUAUAAUGGACUUUAGUUUGUUCGACGGCGGGAAAUUAACCUAACAACAGUGUUCUGGAUUCCGUACUAGAACAAACCUGUUCUCUGUAAGGAACUGCUAACUUUCCUACAUGAAUCAGAAAUGGAGGACGAAUGAAUUCAAACACAGUGUCUUUUAUAAGAUCCUUACGGAGAACAUACCGAGGAUUGAACACAGCAGUAGAAUGAACUAAUAUAAAAUUACUACAUGUGUUCUUUGUUUGGUAAGUUUAUCUUGCAUACAUCACUGCAGUUUCGAUUUUAAUCAUGCAUGUAUCACGUUUUUGUCUUUUACACUACUUGCAUUAAUCGAUUAUCAGGUUUCUAAUCAGAUGUCGACUGCAACUUUAAAUAAUGGAUUAAAUAGCAGCUUAAGGUAAGGGUGUAUGCUUGAAUCACAAACACAUUAACAGUUCAUAUAGCGACUUUCCAGCCCUCGGAUAGAACCACCGACUUUCCGUAAGCCUGCUGGAUAGCUUCCUCAGAAUGAAUGAUGAAUGAUGAAGAAUUCAACGCCACGACUGAGGCUCGAACCUUCAUCGGUGAGGUGCAAGUAAUUUGCGGUCACUGUCAUUAACCACUCGGUCACGGAGACCCUAUUAUGUACCAGUGAAGUUAGUAAGAUUCUGUGUAGGUGUUCUGCUAAAACAUAACUUUAAAACGCAGCGAAUUUCUAUUAGCAAUUCAAGAUAGAAUAUGAAACAUUUUCUCUUAUCUAACAUUUUCAAAAUAUGGGUAAUUCUUAUUAUUUGUAACUCAGAAAAUAUAAAAGCCCUGUUACAUAUUGUGUAACGUGUAUUUUGUGAUUCAUAACCAUCGUGUUUUAUUAUCUCUUACUAAUAGAAUGUUAAUUAACAGGGAGUUGAAAAUGUUCUAUUUUUACCGUUCUGCAACUUUUCUGAUAUAUUAGAAAAAAAACGCCUUUUCAGUAUGAUGAAUUUCAAAUGCGUGGCAUUUGACAUUGUUUUAUACAUAUUUUAGUAACAUUGCAUGCUCAAUGCAUCAGUUUCAUACUCUGUGUAAAACUAUUCGUACAUAUUGUUGAAUAAGAAGGCUUUCUAUGCUAAAACAGCAGUUCGUUUAAAAAUGUAAAUUCAAAGUAUAUCAAAUCCGCAACAGAAUUUUAUCUAAAUGAUAAUCUAAAAACAAGUUAUUGUUCUCUUAGAAUAUAGGUAAAAAACUGAAAUUCAAAUUUUAUCUGUUGUACUUGAAUUGUCAAAGCUAAAAUGAGAAUUACACCGAGUUUUCAAAUUCUAGUGUCACAUACUUAAAUGGUCGUUCAUGAAAGGUAAAAAUUUGACUUGAAUUUGUUAUUUCUUCCAUGUUUCAGAGCGUCUUGGGCGGUGCCCUACAGUGUUGUUACAUCUCACUUGUCAGUUUUCGACCUUCUUGUCUUCGUGUCUUCGACAUUUCGACUCGCCGGCACGAAUUAUUUCGAAUUUUUGUGUUUUCGAUACUCCGACAUUUCAUUUCGCCGACACGAACACACGAUAUUGCAGAAAUCAGCCACCAUAAUCUAAGGUAUAAUUACACCAAUGGUUUUAGGUCAACAACUUGUCUGAAGUCAGAGCACUAACAGCCUAACUUAAAGGCACGACUAAGCAAGCUGCAAGACAAAUUCCACUCACGCCGUCCGUCUUUCUUUAGGAUUUAGGAGGAAAGCAUCAAGGAGUCUGACACGUUAUUAGUCAUUGCACCAUCAAAUAGGAAAGCGUAGCGAUUAACUGUAGAGGGGUCAAUCACCAAACAUGCACUGCUCGUAACGAUUUUCGCAUUGUAUCCUCUUUUGAUAAUUUUUAAAACAUAUUUUAUAAAUAUUUUAUUAGAAUAAGCAUUAUGUUUAUUUUACAAAUUAUAUCAACUACAUUUCCAGAGUAUACCGUGUGUGUAAGACCAAGUACUUCGAGGUUAGUAUUACGACCUGUAGUUGAAUUUAAUAAAAACUUUCCGUAGUUAAUGAUAUCGGUAAUAUGUUUGUAAUAACUAGAAAUAAAAAUAAGAUGCUCAAAAACCUUCAGAUCUCGCUUUUGGUAGUGUUGUUGGUAUGUGUGCCCUGGUUUAGUAUACUAGUAUUUAAAACAUGUUUACCGUUUCCAAGAACAACCGAAUGGUAACUAAAAUGUACCGAAAACAUAAAUUCAUCAUAUAUGAAAACAAUGCAUUAGGUCGUCGUGUAAUGUUUUUUAUUCCAGAAUAGCGACAAUACAAGUUUGUUUUAUGUAUUUACAUCUGCAGAAGCCCUUGGGAUAUGUUUGUGACCUCGACUUUCGGUCUCAGUCACAAACAAUCCC